AUGGAAGAUUUGAAAGCUGCUGAUCCUGUGGAGAUUGAAGAUAAAGAGUAUUCGGGUAGUAAUGAGUAUAGGAAUGAUCAAAUUAGUGUUUCAUCAGAUGAGUUUAUUGAUGAUCGACAAACAAAUAAAACUGAAGAAAAAUUUGAUAAAAAUUUAUCAAAUUCAUUUAAGAAAUCUUUGGAAAUGAAUUUUGGAAUACCUAAUAAUAUUACCGGUGACAGAAUGUAUCAAGAUAGAAUUAAUAAGUCACUUUCAAUAUCUAAAAGAGAGGUUGAAGAUGACUACGGAAGAAAGCAAGACGUAUUUAGAAUUAACGAUGCCAAUGAAGAUAUUAAUGACAAGAAACUUAUUCAUGAUGAUGGUGAUUUAAAUGAUGCAAUGAUUUUUAUUAAUAAGAUUAAAAAUGAAUACCCUUCAAAUUCACGAGCAUAUGAUAACUUUUUAGAAGUAAUGAGAGAUUUUAAGUUUGGUAAGACGAGUGCUCAUGAUGUUUGUAAGAGCGUCAAGAUGAUUUUUAAUGAAAAGCCAUCAAUAAUAAAAACAUUUGAGGAUUACUUACCGCAUCAUCUCAAGACAUCAACAGAUGUUCAUAUGUAUAAGUCUAAUCAAAAUUUACCUGACAGAAGUUUUUUUGCUAAACAAAUUUAUGAACAAAGAUUUCAACACCCAUCACAUUUUAAUGAUCUAAGAAUUAAUCCACCACCAACAUAUUAUGAAAGACCAGAUCAGAUGCACCAUAUGCAAGGAGCACCUUAUAACUUUGGAAGACCAAUGACAAUGAUUGGUUCACAACAACAAAUGAUGAGACAGCCACCUUUUUAUCCACACCCACAUGGAAUGAACCAACAGAAACAGAUGAAACCAAAUAAUAUUAAGUUUGCAUAUCAAAGUACACAGAAGUACAGACAGCAACAACCUCAACCUUGGGUUACUUCAUUCCCAGCAAAAAGAGAUAUUAGUAAGACAGCUCCUGUCAGCAAACAAUUUGAAUUUAUUGAAGAAUUUAAGCUUAGAUAUAGUCCAAAUGAUCCAACAUAUGGUAAGGUAAUUGAUAUUAUGACUAAUCCACACAUCAGUAAGAAGGAUGUUUUAGUGAGAGUAGAAGAUGUUCUUAAGAAUGAUAGAGAAACAUUUGAAAUAUUUAAAAGGAUAUGCAUGCCUGAGUAUAAAGAUUAUGAACCACCUAAGAAAAUAAAACUAUCAAAUAAGCCACUUGAUAAGAUAAUGGAUAUCAUGAAAGAGAAAAAGCUUGAAGAUCAGUUUUUAAAGCUUGUUAACUUGUUAAAUCAGAGAUUAAUAUCAAGUAAAGUAUUUUUUCCAUUGAUGGAAAAGAUUAUAAAUGAUGAUGAACUUAUGAGAGAAUUAAAGAGGUAUUUGCAUUAUUCCGAAGUUGAUGUAGGAACUAAUAAGAGUGUGUUUACUCAAAAGAAGGUGGGGUCGUAUAUUGAAUAUCCAAAAAAGAAUGAGAAUGUGGAGUGUCCUAGUAUGUUUAAAACAAUUCUUAAUGACAGGUUUGUGAAUGUAAGUACUUAUAACUCAGAAGAUUCGGGUUAUGUAUUUAGAUUUAAAAAUCAAUCAGAAACAAUCUUAAAUAAGCUUAGUGAUGAUCGUUCAGAUAUUGAUGUGACAAUCGCAAGAGUGAAAUAUUUUAUAUUAAAGCUUACUAAAGUGUAUGAUCUUGCGACAAAUCAUAAUGAAAAAAAAUUAGAGAUAAGUGAUUUUGAGUUUUCAGAGCAAGUUCUGAUUGAGACUAUGAGAAUGAUUUAUGGAGAAGACUAUCAAAAAAUUCUUGAUAAAAUGUUCGAAUCACCAUUAGCAGCAAUUCCCAAAGUAAUUGAAAGAGGAUACAAAGUUUUUAAAGAGUUUUCAGCUAAGCAGAGAGAAAAUCAGGAAUAUUGGAGAUAUGUUACAGAAACUCAUUAUUACAAAGCUUAUGAUACCAAUGGAGUUGAAUAUAAGAGUCAAGAAAAGAACUGUUUAAAUUUGAGGUACAUUCAGAAUAACUGCAAUACACCAAUAACAAUAACAAUAGAAGAUACAGAAAUUUUUAACUUUGUGAGAGAUUUAUUUAUUACUUUUAUCACUAACAAUUACAAUAAUAAUAAGAAAAUAUCAAUUCAGUCUAAAGAAGAAUAUUUUUUCAAAUGUAUUGAUUUAUUAGAUGAACAGGGUGUUGACGAGAAUAUUGGAUUUGAACAUUACGCACUUUAUGUAUAUUUCUUAAAAAUCUGUAGUAGAUUUGAGGAAGUGUUUAAGUAUGAUAUUUCAAUUGAGAAGCCUAAUAGAGUAGCAUUGAAUCUUGGAUUGGUUGAAGAAUCGGCAUAUGAAACUAUGAAGGAAGGUAUUAUUGAUCUUAGUGAAAAGUUAGUUUCUAAAGAAAUUGAUAGUGAUACUUUUGAGAGCCAGAUAAGGAUAUUAACUAAUAUGAAGGGAUUCAAGCUGUAUAAUCUAAAGAAAAUGAUUAGUAAAAUGGAUAGAUUGGUGGGUAUAAUUCUAGAAAGGGAGUUAGAUAGUUCAACAUCCAAUAUUUCAUUUAAUGUUAAUAGAACUGAUAAUGUUAUAACACUCUCUAAAAAUGAAAAGGCGGCAGAAUUAACGAUUGAUGACAAUGAGAUGGUUGAAAGUGAAGUUUAA